CUUACUCUUGUUCUUUUUCGCAAAAUUGUUUAAACGAUUUUAAACAAUUUUGUUUUGAAUAAAUAAAAGUUUUAUAAUUACUAAAUACAGAAUGGCUUCAGAGUCUGUAGAAAUGGAUUGUUCCGAAACCGAUGAGGCAGCAUCAGUUCAACCUUCAAUUAAGGCUUCGGAUUUGCCGGUUGAAACGGCAAGCACAGAGACAGAAGCAGAAACGGAACAGAAGGACGAGACAAAAUUCGAAGAGAUGUCUUUGGAGCCGUCGAACGCAGCUUCUCAGUCAAAGGAAUCGGAGAAACCAGAUGCUACCGAACAAGACAAAAGCAUCACUGAUAUCACAUCUGAAGAAAAAACAGAAGAAUCAUCAAUUAUUAAGCUUGAUUCGGCUAAGCUGAUUGAAACGGAUUUUGAUAGCAGUGUUGAACUAAUCAGUAGCCCAAUUUCCGAACAGAUAGAAGCCGAAAACAAUAAGGGAAACAAGUCUUCAAUUGAGGAAAGUGAUGCAGCAGUCGAAGGUGUUGGACCUUUAAUGGAUUCAACGGAUGCAGCUAAGUCAACCGAAGAUGAUUUGGACAGCAGCAUUGAACUAAUCGAAAGUCCCGUCUUAAAAGAAUUGACUGAAACGGAUAACACCAAAGACAGUAAGGUGGAUAGCGACAGCAGCAUUGAAGUAAUUAGCAGUCCAGGUAAUACGGAAGACAACAAAAAGGAGACAACCGUAUCCAAGACGAACUGUGAAGAGAGUAUUGAUAGUAUUCCUAACAAAGAUGGUAUAGACAUUGAAGGAAAGCAAACUAUAACAAACAAAGAUAUCAUAACAGUAUCAAAUAUAAAUACAAAAGAUACCACAGAAAUGACUGUCGAGUCGGAUUCAGCAAUGCAAACCAAAAGCACAAUUGUAGAAGAAGAACCUAUUACACCCAAAUCGAUAACAGUAGAUGAGGAAGCGCAGCAAAUCAAUGAAUCAAGCAAUAUACAGAAAGAAUUGCUUAUAGAUGAACCCAUGGAAACAGAGUCUUGCCAAGAACAAGUUGAAAGCAUCUGCUUAGUCAAGAUACAAGAAGAAGAUUAUACAGAAACGAAACCCGGGGAUAACCGAAAAGAAUCCGUUGACUAUGAGGAGGAUAACGAAAUCUACUAUAAGAAGGAUUGCCUCAAUUGCAAUUGCGAAAAGCAGCACAAGCAAUACGUGCGCGCUAGCUUGGCAGCUCUCAACUACUACAAGGUGCCUAGGAAGGCUCACAAGCGACAGUAUAUAUGUAUUGGUUGCUAUGACACAGCCAUUGACAUGUAUGAGGAUUAUGCGGGUCAUUUAGUGGCCAAGCAGCCGCUGCUGUUGCGCAACUUUAACCAGAGCCAUGCAGACUUUGUAGCUCUAGAUAGUAGUGAUGAGGAGGAAGACGACAAUGAGCAAAGCAAACCCGAGUUCUCGUCAAAUGAUUUAAAUCUAAUUGAAAACGAGUUAGAGGAUGCAAUAAAAACUGUUAUAGAUAAAGUGGAAUUGGAUAAUCAAAUGGCUUGGUCCAAGAGCAUACUACAGGCCAAAUCGCAGCGUAUCUGCCAAGAAAUCGAUAUGGCCAAUGAGGAACUGGGGAAGUUGCAAAAUAUGGCAGACAAAAUGCACUUCGCUUUGUACAGUUCCUGUCAAGUGGUGCACAAGCAUUUGCCGCCACUUGAUCUGUACCACAAUUUGAACGAUUAUGUGCAAGUUCCACCAGCUGGUGAGAUAGAACGUCCGCCAAUUCAGCUAAACGAAACCUACUAUGCUGUAAAGAACAAGCCAAUUGCCAGUUGGGUCUCCGUCAAAGUAAUUGAGUUCACAGAGAGCACUAUGGUGGGCGGCAAUCUGAUUAAAAGCUACAAGAUUAAAUAUCUGAAUACGCCAUAUCAAAUGGUUAAAACCAUAACUGCCAAACACUUGGCUUAUUUUGAACCGCCGCCGGUGCGGCUAACAAUAGGCACUCGAGUUAUAGCCUACUUCAAUGGCAAUACUUUAUCUCGUGGCAAAGAAAAAGGUGUCGUCCCCAGCGCAUUCUAUCCAGGCAUUAUAGCGGAACCUUUAAAGCAAGCCAAUCGCUUUAGAUAUCUAAUAUUUUACGAUGACGGCUAUACACAGUAUGUACAGCAUAGCGAUGUGCGUUUGGUUUGCCUAGCGUCAGAAAAAGUGUGGGAAGAUGUGCAUCCAGGGGCUCGAGAUUUUAUACAAAAGUAUGUGGAAAAAUAUUCUGUGGAUCGACCAAUGGUGCAGUGCACCCGUGGCCAGAAUAUGAACACGGAAUCCAAUGGCACUUGGUUGUAUGCGCGUGUGAUUGACAUUGAUUGCAGUCUGGUACAGAUGCAGUUCGACGAUGACAAGAAUCAUACAGAGUGGAUUUAUCGUGGUUCCCUGCGUCUAGGGCCCGUCUUCAAGGAGACACAGAAUGCGUUAAACAGCGCCAAUGCUAUGCAACAGCAUCGUGUGCCACGCCGCACUGAGCCGUUCAUUCGAUAUACCAAGGAAAUGGAGACAAGUAGCAGACAGGUCAACCAGCAAAUGCGCGCGAUUGCCCGGAAGAGCAGCUCCGCACCGCAGAACCUAAAUAUGUCAUCGUCAUCAUCUUCUGCAGCGGCCGCGGCCAACGCUGCUGCUGCUGCAGCUGCAGCCCGCAAUACUGUUCGACAUUUGAACAACUCCACCAUUUAUGUGGACGAUGAGAAUCGACCCAAAGGUCAUGUCGUAUACUUCACCGCCAAGCGUAAUCUGCCACCUAAGAUGUAUACGCCACAUGCUUGCACGCCGGCCUGUUUGUUCAAGAUCAUUCAUCGCUUGGAUAGCUACAGUCCGUUGGCCAAGCCAUUGCUCUCUGGUUGGGAACGUUUGGUAUUUAAACAGAAGGCCAAGCGAAAUGUUGUCUAUCGUGGCCCUUGUGGCAAGAGUUUUCGUAAUCUGGCCGAGGUGCACACUUAUCUACGUGAUACAGAGAAUGUGCUAAAUGUCGAAAACUUUGAUUUUACACCUGAUUUGCGUUGCCUGGCAGAGUACUCCAUUGAUCCCACUAUUGUUAAAGAAGCGGAUAUAUCAAAGGGUCAAGAAAAAAUGGCCAUACCGCUUGUUAACUAUUACGACAACACAUUGCCACCGCCAUGCACUUAUGCCAAACAACGCAUACCAACAGAGGGAGUGCAUCUUAAUCUCGACGAGGAGUUUCUGGUGGGCUGCGAUUGCGAGGAUGAUUGCUCGGACAAAUCAAAAUGUGCUUGCUGGCAGCUGACUGUAGCGGGUGUCCGCUACUGCAAUCCCAACAAACCAAUCGAGGAGAUUGGCUAUCAAUACAAGCGUCUGCACGAGCAUGUACCGACUGGAAUUUAUGAAUGCAAUUCGCGUUGUAAAUGCAAAAAGAACUGUUUAAACCGUGUGGUCCAACAUUCACUAGAAAUGAAACUGCAGGUGUUUAAGACCUCUAAUCGAGGUUGGGGCUUACGCUGCGUCAAUGAUAUACCGAAAGGUGCAUUCAUAUGCAUAUAUGCCGGUCACUUGCUAACUGAAACAAUGGCCAAUGAAGGUGGAUUGGAUGCCGGCGAUGAGUACUUUGCCGAUUUGGACUACAUUGAGGUGGCCGAGCAAUUGAAAGAGGGCUACGAAUCGGAUGUUGAGCAAUCCCCAACGGAAGAGGAAGAAGAUACUUAUGUCCCAGAUCCGGAGGACGAUGCUGAUUUUAUGCCUGCCAAGCAUUAUCAACCGCGCAAGAAGGAUAAACUACGAGUCUCCCGCAGCCACUCCACACAAUCCACUGAGCAGGAGUCGCAGGAGAGAGCUGUAAUUAAUUUCAAUCCGAAUGCAGAUCUGGAUGAAACAGUGCGCGAGAACUCAGUGCGUCGACUCUUUGGCACAGAUGAGGCACCCUACAUAAUGGAUGCCAAAACAACAGGCAAUUUGGGUCGCUACUUUAAUCAUUCGUGUGCACCCAAUUUGUUUGUGCAGAACGUGUUUGUGGAUACGCACGAUCUGCGUUUUCCCUGGGUUGCUUUCUUCUCGGCCAACCAUAUACGCUCCGGAACCGAACUUACCUGGAAUUACAACUAUGAGGUGGGCGUGGUACCUGGCAAAGUUCUUUAUUGCCAAUGCGGAGCAGCCAAUUGUCGAAUACGCUUACUUUAAAUUAUA